AUGUCAAAGUUUCCAAGGUACUUGAAGAACUCCGAUCCCCUCAUCGCAGAAUACAUGGCUAAACAAGAUGACCAGGUGAACAGUCCCAAUGAGGCACAAGGAACCGCAGGAGAAGAAGACCCAGGCAGCACACCACUCGACCCACAAUCGACUACUUAA